AUGUUUGUGAGGGGCGUUGCCACCAAGCGCACAGGUGACCAUGGUCUGCUCAUUAAGAAGGGACACUCAUUACUAAUUGGGGUAAAGAGUUUCUGCUCUAGUCCAGAUCUUUUAAGUAUUCUAUAUAUACAUUUCUGUAUCGUACAGAUUGAGUGAACGUAUCUAAACUGUUAUUGUAGAAUUGUUUACUUUGCUAAGUGUUUAUAAAGUACUUUCUAUUAAGUGUUUCCUGUCACCUGGUCUUUGCCAGUGACUGGAGGAUAUAAAUGCUCUGGUGUAGAGCUUCAUGGGUGUUCAAAAUUGACAACUGUCUCUGCAGGAGGGGCUAGUCAGGCUGAUCUUCUGUCUUUAUAUUUUAGUUGUCUAGUUUAUCAUUUUCAUUACUUUACUUUGAGCCUAGUCCAGCAUCUUGUUGGAUGAGUUUUACAUUUAGUAAAUACCUGCACCUACUCCAAGAGCCUUAAAAUAUAAACCAUGCACUGGAUCUUCUGCUUCCUGGCUCUCCUUGCUCACCAUCACCAGCCAGACAGCUCAAUCCAUCCAGGUCAAGUAGGGGGCCUACCAUCCAUCCUUACAAGUUAUUUUUAUAGUAUGCUUUCAUUGCUCUCUGUUUGCUAUUGGAGGCCAUUGAAAUUACCCUUUUGACUUCAAUGAUUCAAAAAUGUGAUGGACCAAUAUUAAAAUGGACCAUGAUCUUUUCAACCAUUUCUCAAACAGACUGCCUUCUUCCCCUAGACUCUGUCUGCAUUACUGUCACUCACACCUAUAAACUAGGGUCUGUUUGCGUCACCUACCUUACUGCUGCUGGGAGGCACAUCAGUACCAUGCAUCCUGCUGCGGCGUUAGCACACCUUUUGAAAAGGCUUUAAUUAAGGUAAUAAACAACACGACGCAGGCUGCUGAGCAAGUCGACUCCGUUUAGCGCUCUGGGCUCCUUGGCAGUGUCCCAAAUGGGCCUGGGUCUCUGGACAGUUGUUCCACCAUGAUUUGCAUCUUUGGAGGUCACAGAUGGGUGAUGUAGUGUGAGGCAGUUGGCCAAGCAAGCUCAGCCAAUUAAACACGGAUGGAUCUUCAUUUGAAACUGCACUGUCCUCACCCCCUAAAUCAGUUUGCCAUUACUCUUUAACUCAGGACCGAUACACACACACCUACACACCUUUUGUAUAUUUUGGUCAAUUGAUUUGAUGUACUAUUCCGCAUUCGUUGUUUGUGAAGAUCUCCUAGAAUGUUCAUGAAGAUUGAUUUUCAUGUUUGUUUUUUUCAAGGCUAUUCCUGGACAAUACUGACAUGCGAUUCAUAGCCCAUGUUGAGAAGAUGCUCCAAAGCCCAUUGCUUGUUUGUGUGAUGGGUUUAAUAAAUCAUGUUCUGCAUCCUUAUCGUUUGCUUUUAAUUGUCCAAUGAUUAAUGUUGUUACUACCUUGAUGACGAUUUUCUGUUGUGCUAAUGUCCCAUUUGAAUGCCAUCGUGACUCAUUUACCAUUUAUAAACGCAUUUGGGAUCAUGUGAUUACUGUUGUUCACUUCGUACACAAGCUCUAAGUUCAUGCUGCUUUAUUCCUGCAUAUUUGUUUAUUGCUGCAACUUUAUGAUAUAAAUCAAAUGCAUGCCCAUUGCCCAACAAACAUACUAUUCAGAAAAGUCUAUUCUCUACCAAUGACCCUGGUAAAACAUUUUUAUUAGCAUUCCAGGCAGCUAAUCAGUUUUAUAAACAGUACUGUGCAGUUUCACAGGUGUUUCAGAUACCGUUACCAAGAUGUCAUCUUGGUUAAAAAAAUGAGUUGUUUGAUCAUGUGGGGUUGUGUGAUAAGGUCAUUGAGGCUUGAUGACACUAGUGAAGCAGUGUUGGUGUGGCAUAUUGGCUGACCUCUCUCUCCCCUCUCCAUAUUACUGUACUGCUGACUGAUGAGCUUAGAUGAUGGAGAUCAGAUCGCAUAAUAUAUGGGAAGGUGGAAAAAGGCCUCUUCAUAACGGCCACAUUCCACCAGGCUAGCACUAAGAUCCCAAUCUUACAGUCGUGUCAAUGCAAGUCCCCUCCAUACUGGAGACCUCAGGAUCUUAGGUCUUGAUAUUAGUUUUAAAGGGGCAGUGCAGUCAAAAAUGUGAUUUUCCAGGGUUUUUAUUUUGGUUCCCACACUGCGGUCGAAAUAACACUGAAAUUGUGAAAAUUAUGAUAAUAAUAAUAUGCCAUUUAGCAGACGCUUUUAUCCAAAGCGACUUAGUCAUGCGUGCAUACAUUUUUGUGUAUGGGUGGUCCCGGGGAUCGAACCCACUACCCUGGCGUUACAAGCGCCGUGCUCUACCAGCUGAGCUACAGAGGACCACUGUAGCUAAUGCUCUUUUAGUGUAAGAGCUAACCUAUAAGAGCUAUUCUAUCUGCCAAUCAGGGCUGGGUAUGUAAAUAGAUUUAAAUUUGUAUCAACACGCCCACACGAUCAGACUGAGCAUUUUAAUAACAAAAGCAGGCUCUGGGAAAUAAAUGAUACAAAAUAUAUUUGGACUUAUUUUAAUGAAAUAAACAGUGAUGUAUUAGACACAGUGAUGCUAUAAAGCCUUAUCUGAGAUGAGACAUAUUGUCUGAUCUUGGCUUGAACAAGGAAAGGCGAAAAAACAUUAUCUCCCGUCCAAGAGGAACUGUUGGCUUAAUUAGCUAACUUGGUCCCUUUAAUUAUCUCAGCUUUUAUCAACCGACAUAGUCAAUGUUAGGGCUUCCUGGGUCACUGAAAUUAUAUUAUAGAGUUAUUUGGUUAUUGUUUGGCAAUAUAUUAAACUUAUAUACUUGGACAUUGUAAUAUUGCAGCUCAGGCUGUACCAAAGAAUACAACCCUACAUGUCUUUGAUCUUGAAAUCUCUAAGGCAGCUUUGACACGGUUGAAAGCUUUAAAAAGGGCCAAUCUGAUCCAUUUCCUGUCUUGGUUUUAGGGUGUUAAAUGAUGUAUAACAUUAUGAUGUUGUCAAUAUCCCAUUCCACAAUAGUGAUUCUGCAAUGGUAGUGCUUCCUUUUGCCAAAUGUUUAUUUUUGUCAACUGUUCUUUAGAGCCACACACCCUCAGGUCAGUGUCAAGUGUUUUCCUGAUGUCAGCAAACUAGGCCUGGGCGAUAUGGCCUAAAACUCAUAUCUCCAUUUCUUUUUAAACUUAUGGGCAAUUCACGAUAUAUAUCAAUAUUUUUAUUUUUUUUAACGUUUUCUCUAAAUAACCAUUGUUGUACAAUUACAGUUGGUCAAAUACACUGCAACAGUCAGCAAUAAUCUAAUGAAUUCAGAGCUUGUGAAAUUAUACCUAGGCUGAAUAUAUGCCUUCAACAACCAUAAAACCCACUAAUAGUUGUACCUGCUUUUUUUGUUGUUGUUGCAAUAAUCACUGAUCUGGCUUUCAGGUCUGUCUAUAAAAAUGCCCUUUUUUGUAACACAUUUAACCAGAACCAUGCAUAAUGCACAUUCACUAAUAAUGUAGCAGGCAUUAUAGAAAAUGAACACCGGUCUCAUAAACAAUAUCUCAAGCACAAGCCCACAUGCCAGUGAGUAGGCAGCUAAUAUUUAUAUUUCAAGUUUAGCCAACUUGGAUCUAGGUAUACUUUCACAAGCUCUGAAUUCAGCUCAAAAGGCAAAACAGUUGAAUUGUUAUGAACACAACCUUCUCUCCGUCUCGAACUGUUUAAAUAGCUUGCUAGCCUGUCCACUUUGUUCAGAUGUUUAAAUCAAGUGGCCUACCUUAUUUCUCAGAAUGAGAACGAGUUGCCAAUUCCUUAUAUAAUGUUUUAAUGCUUAUUGCACAUUUAUAAAACACAGACUAAACAGUUAGUAUAGCAAUCUUUAUUUGACUAAAAUGCUGCUAGCGAAACGUGGUACCGUAAUGCGCACGCAACAAACUGAGCAUUUAUUUUUUCCAGAAUGAAUGUUGGUACACAUUGGUACAUCUGUUUUAGUAGUGUCUGCUCGGAAUUUGAGGAGUUGAAACAUAAACAAGGGUAUGGUUAGAAAAGUUAACUUCUCUAUUACAGUAAAAUAAUGUCUCCAUGUCUCCAUGUGUUUCGGUGUCCGAUUCUGUUGGACCAAACCUCAAAUGCAAAUAGCGAGUGGAAACUGGUUGUCAGAGAGGAAGAAGUGAUCUCUCAUCUUUGUUGUUGUGAGUGGUAGGGGGAGGGGCUUGGGAGAAAGAGGCGAAGUGAGAAGUUUCACUCUCGCCAGAAUCUGUCCAAAAUAAGCCCAAUGCGUUUCUAUGCGCUUAUUUUGAACCUAAGCUUGUCACCUGCCUUUCUGCCUUUGGGACAACGACUCCCAUUGUUACAUGCUGACUAGACCGGGCGCGUGCAUGUUGAUUUUGUCCAGCCACACCAGACGCGAUCAGGACACGCAGGUUGAAAUAUCAAAAGGAACUCUGAACCAACUAUAUUAAUUUGGGGAUAGGUCGAAACAAAUGAAACAUUCAUGGGAAUUUAGCUAGCUAGCUUGCUGUUGCUAGCUAAUUUGUCCUGGGAUAUAAACAUUGGGUUGUUAUUUUACCUGAAAUGCACAAGGUCCUCUACUCUGACAAUUAAUCCACAGAUAAAAGGGUAAACCAAGUUGGUUUCUAGUAAUCUCUCCUCCUUGUCUUUUUCUUAUUCUUUGGACUUUAUAUGGCGGUUGGCAACCAACUUUAAGGUGCAUUACCACCGCCAACUGGACUGGAGUGUGGACCUCAGUUCAUCUUUCAAUCACCCACGUGGGUAUAUGCUCCUAAAAACCAAUGAGGAGAUGGGAGAGGCGGGACUUGUAGCGUGUCACGCGUCAAAAAUAGAACCAAGUUCUAUUUUAGAACCAAUUUCUAUUUUAGCGCCUGGCUACGCAGACGCUCGUUUACACACGCGAGCGGUUUGGAUUAAAUGAUUGAAUAACAUGUAUGUGUUCAUUUAUUUUGCAACGCUCGCGCACGUAAUGUGUAAAGUGUUUUUCUUAUAUCUACACAGAUGUGGCAGCCUGACUUAUUACAUCACUUAACUCUGUGCUGGGACCUGGGGUAGGAUAGGGUUUGCUGUGUUCUGCUAAAUGCCGAUCUCCAAUCCACCCUCUGCCUCCCAUUGAGGGCUUCUGGGAAGUGUUUCGGGAAGGGCGCUGAGUGAUUGAACUGGAAGUGUUGCCAUAGCGACAUGGAUAUGAUGCGAGUGGAGGCGGGAACGAUGUGGGAGGAGGGUGACUACAUCUUAUAUUGUUAUUUCUCUGGCCCCGUAGGAGGAAGUCACUUUGUGAUAAUCAUCUCGCAACUUGGCACGGAAGUUGGGGGGAAAAAUAGAGGAAAGGCGUCCCAUGGGGGUUCUGUUCUAACUAUCGUCAUUAAAGCAUUCACUAUCCCCCUGUCUGUACACCACCAUACUGAUGGUGUUAUUAUUGUAUUUCUUACCUUCUGUUUUCCAUACAUCAUACUGCUGUUCUGUUCAACCCCAUGGGCUCUGGUGAUAUGUCUAGUGGAAGGUUGGAUAUCUUGCCUUGUUUUUCUAUCCCAGGCCUCAGCAUUAGUUUGCUACUAAUUUGGCUGAUUUCUAUCAGGUCUCAUGUUCUGACAUGGCGCAGAGGCCAGACACAGGAUAGCCAGGGGAAAACACGUGUUGACUCUGCUCAGAGGAAGUGAGCUCAUGAGAGACAAAAUAUCCAUUGCCUUUGUGGCUAAAUAUGUCACACAAUGUUUCUGUGUGAAACUUUACUGAUCUGCUCCUUCCCUAACGGGUUAUUAUUAUACUGAACAAAAAUAUAAAUGCAACAUGCAACAAUUUCAAAUAUUUGACUGAGUUACAGUUCAUGUAAGGAAAUCAAUAAAUUGAAAUAAAUUAAUUAGGCUCUAAUCUAUGGAUUUCACAUGACUGGGAAUACAGAUAUGCAUCCGUUGGUCACAGAUGCCUUAAAUAGAAGGUAGGGGCAUGGAUCAGAAAACCAGUCAGUAUCUGGUGUGCCCACCAUUUGCCUCAUGCAGCGCAACAUAUCUCCUUCGCAUAGAGUUGAUCAGGCUGUUGAUUGUGGCCUGUGGAAUGUUGUCCCACUCCUCUUCAAUGGCUGUUGCUGGAUAUUGGCGGGAACUGGAACACGCUGUCGUACACGUCGAUCCAGAGCAUCCCAAACAUGCUCAAUGAGUGACGUCUGGUGAGUAUGCAGGACAUGGAAGAACUGGGACAUUUUCAGCUUCCAGGAAUUUUGUACAGAUCCUUGCGACAUGGGGCCAUGCAUUAUCAUGCUGAAACAUGAGGUGAUGGCGGUGGAUGAAUGGCACGACAAUGGGCAUCAGGAUCUCGUCACAGUGUCUCUGUGCAUUCAAAUUGCCAUCAAUAUAAUGCAAUUGUGUUCAUUGUUCGUAGCUUAUGCCUGCCCAUACCAUAACCGCACCGCCACCAUGCGGCACUCUGUUAAAAAUGUUGACAUCAGAAACCGCUCGCCCACACAACGCCAAACACGUGGUCUGCGGUUGUGAGGCCGGUUAGACGUACUGCCAAAUUUUCUAAAACGACGUUGGAGGCGGCUUAUGGUAGAGAAAUGAACAUCCAAUUCUCUGGCAAGAGCUAUGGUGGAAAUUCCUGCAAUCAGCAUGCCAAUUGCAUGCUCCCUCAACUUGAGACAUCUGUGGCAUUGUGUUGUGUGACACAACUGCACAUUUUAGAGUGGCCUUUUAUUGUCCCCCGCACAAGGUGCACCUGUGUAAUGAUCAUGCUAUUUAAUCAGCUGUCUUGGCAAAGGAGAAAUGCUCACUAACAGGGAUUUAAACAAAUUUGUGCUCCAAAUUUGAGAGAAAUAAGCUUUUUGUGCAUAUGGAACAUUUCUGGGAUAAUUUAUUUCAGCUCAUGAAACAUGGGACAAACACUAUACGUGUUGCGUUUUAUAUUUUUGUUGUAGAGUUGAGCACUGAAUUUUGAAAGUUCUCUAAAUAGUUACCCUUAAAAUUGUCAAGCAAAGACAUAGGAAUGUAUUGGAAAAGCAACAUACCCUUACCAGCUUUCUCUUUCAUUAUCUUUUGAGCUCUGACUUGUGCUCAUCUUGGCGUCCUCCCUAAACUCUUUGUCUUGAGUCUCACAAAGGUCCCUGCUAGGGAAGGGGGGACAGGGCUCUAAUAAUAUAAUAUAGACAUUUCAAAACUCCCCAGGAAGCAGAAAUCAAUGGCAACAAAUGCAUUUUUUCAUUUUUUUUAUUGAAUUGGUCGAUUGUUGUCAAUUUGUUCCCCAUAUGAUGAAUUGUUAACAGCGAUAGUAUUUGAUAUUUCACAUACACGACCUCCCUAUAAAACAAACUAUUUUAUAGUGUUCUCAGCUAUUUCUUUGUCAACGUUUGUUAGGAUGGCUUUGCUUGAAUAAACUGCAAGGUAAGGCAGCCUUGUACUAUAGCUGAAGUCAUUGUAAAGAAAUGGGAUCGGGUCGUGUUUGUUUUUAUAGCAGAAUAGCGCUUUCCUUGGGGUUUUAAUUUUCCUAAAUUGGCUUGUCAUUGGAACAGUCUCAACCACUCCAAUGUCUCCAGUCAGACCCAAACCAUACAGGUGUCUAUAAACCAGUCAUCAUAGAGGACAAAGUGACCAGAGGUCUCAGUAGCACCUCCUGCCUCACUUGUCCCUAAGAAGAGGGCCCCUUCCCUGAGGGACAUGUGCAAACACUACCUUCUGAGGUUCCAGUGGGCGUCAAUGUACAGUAUGGGACACACCCAGACUGUCUGCCAGCUCCCCUCCCAUCUCUCCUUUACUGGGUGGAGCGGAACAUCGGCUGGGCAAACAUCACCGGGACAUGCUCUCUAAAUUUACACUCCGCCUCCCACUGAGGCAGCCGCUAGCCACUGGCGGUGACACAUUCCUACUGCAUGUGUCUCCUACACAGCGCAGUAUGGAACCAAGUCCAUCUAUAGUGUGAAAGGUCAAGUAAUGUUGAAACACCCUCUCCCACCACCUCCCCGGUCUCAGACAUGACCUCAGUCCUGUGAGACAAGAUGUACUGUCGCUGUGGCAGGAAGGGGUUCGACACUGACUCCACAGUGAGUAAUGUGCUUCCUGCCCCAGACAGGAAGUGGGACCCACCUCGCCUACAUCUCCGUCCUUGCUCACACCGAACAGUCCCCCCCACCCCGUGGACCAGAGGGGUAUACUAUGUACCGGGUUUGACGAGUUAGUGGGGUAACUUUGGUCAACUUGGAAUUCAACUCAGAAUAACCGGUCAUACAAAAGUGGCUCAUCUUUUAGCCAGGUAAAUUUCUAUGGCAACGAAUCCUUCAGAACUUAUAACUCUGGGCUGACUCCAUUUAUCCUGAAUGAAGUGUCUAAGCCAUGAGUUGAGGACCAAUGAAAUCAAAAACAUCACCCUCUCACAAAGAGGUUCAAGUCAAGACUGGCAGCCAUUGCUAGUGUACCCUUGAGUUUAACAGUCAAAUUGCCAGGUUUAGAGGUUCCAAAACCCUUCUUUGGAAUAUAUUUUUAUAGUUAUAAAAUAAAGACGGCAUUUCUAAAAGCCUAUUUCACACCAUAGCCUGCAGAAUUUGUAAGAUAACCGUUCAUUAAUUUUGAUUUCGGCACAAAUGAAAAUGUGGCACUGACUCGCCCAUGGAUUGCUGUUUCAGCAUUGUCUCAAUAAAGAGUUUUGCACAGUUACAAGCCUGCUAGAGUUAGUUGCAGGCGGACGAGCAAUAUCCACCGUCAUAGUACGGAUGAAGCCUGACCUGGAAUGUGACGCUAAAUGAAGCUGGCUAGCUUUAUAAAACCCUGAGUAGUAUCUAGCUUGCUUCGUAGUAUACCACUCGGGUUGGAGUUAGCGGACCUAAUCAAGUUUACCUGCUCCACUGUACUGGGUUUCCUGUACCUACCUUGAUUCCCAUGGGAACUCCUGAUUAUGUCAUAAGAGCUUCCUAAGUUACUGGUUCUUAUGCUUUGGUCAGAUCUAUAUAGUAGAUUACAGUUUUCUAGAAACAAACUAUGUAAAAGGUUAAUUUUAAAUUUCCAUGAAGAAUGUUGAAGAUGUCAAACACAUAGCUACAUAUUUCUGUACUGUAUUAUGCCAACUUUUUCAUGUAUGCCUGUGUGUGUGCCAUCACUAUCUGAGAGACCUGACUAUCCCUUUAAUCUGAGAUUGAAGUCCCUAAAAGUCCAUGAUGAAAUGAAAGUGAAUGUCUUGAAUCUCCAUGUCCUUACGGGUCUUUCUUCCCUCUCCCUGCAGUGCAUAUUGUCUCAGCCCAAGUUCUGGGCGGUGGAAGUGACAGCACUGUGUCUAAGGACCAAGCUGGAGAAGGGCAGCUCUCGGCGGGUGGAGAGGGCCAUGAUGCAGACACAGGUAAGAGAGAUGAGGGGUCACACGAGGUAGGGUUCAACGAGCUCACAUCUCAAGUCUCUGAUACUGUGCAUAAAUGCACAGAGUAAGCCUAUAAUAUUUCUUAGGCCAGUAAUGCUGGUCUUUCUUGAAGUGAAGGCACUUGCACUUGGCGUCAUACCAUUUCAAGGGCUUACGUGCAAAAUUAGAUCAAUUCCAAACCUGGAUUUACAUAAUCUGCUACACAUGUCUUGCCAUAUGUUACAUCAUUAGCACAACAGUCUGCAAGCAGAAAUAAGCUGCAUGCCUACUGAAAUCCACACAGCCAAACUCUUUAAAUCAGUAUUUCCACUGUGAGCUGUCUGUGAAAGCAGAGGGGACAUGUGAAUAACCUAGCGGAGGACAGACAUGCUCCCCCUGUGCCGGGUUCCUGUCCCCUGCAGGAUGUUUGUCAUGGGUGUCUCUGUGAAACCAGCCCACCCUCCUCCUCCUCUCUCCCCCCUUCUCCCUCACCGUCAAAGUAGAGGGGCACUGGCAACCUGGGAAUAUACAGUCUCUGCUCCCUGUGAUAACAUUGGAAACUGAGCGAGAGCUUCCUUCUUUUGUGAUGGGCUGUGUAGGGGGAUGGGGUGAGGUUUAGACAUACUACGGUACCAUUCACAAGAACGCAAGUCCUUUACCAAUGUUUCCACAUACCUUUUCCCAGCUAAAGUGCAGACAAUCUCUCUCACACACAUACUUAUACUUGCCCAUGCACAGAGGUAUGAUCUGGGAAUAAUUUAUACUCAGGGUUGCUUCAAACUGCGCUGGGAUGACAUUAUGGUGUGUGUGUGCUUGUUGCUCUCCAGCCCCAUUGAGCUGUCAGUCGUAGACAGACGAGGUCAAAGUCAUAAAGCAGGAGGUUGGGGCCUGGGAUAUGAUGGUCUGACGUCGGGUAUAGAACAGGAGACUCUUAAAGAAGCCAGACACUGUACAGCUGCUCCAUGGUUUUGUGACAUAAAGCAAAGAGAAAAAGUCUGGUUUCAAUCUCUCUAGCUUGCCCUCCUCAAAUGUUUGCACACGGAGCUCUGCAGUCUUAUCCCAAACCUGAUUUGACAGACAGCGCCUGGAGGGGGGCCGAAAUGGAUGAGGGGGUCCUCCAGGGGGAGCCGUGUGACAGGCAGGGUUGGUUCAAGUAAUCUAGAGGGGUGGGGGAGGCUCAUGGGGGGACAGGAGCCACCCGUCUGUCCAUCACAGUGCGAGGAAGACAUCAAGCACCCACUGAUCCCACCGUCUGACACCAACCCCUUCGCCACCCUGCCCCAUUCCCCUGUGAGACAGACAUGCUCAAUCACCGUUUCCCCCAGAACGCCAAAACCCAAUGAGAACUGCAUCAGAGCGAGGAUUGACAGGCGGCUCACACGCACUGAUGACUGAGAGUUGGAGGAAUUGAGAAAAGAAAAAAGUUUGCCCUCUGCUUUGUUUCAAAUUCUUUCUCCCUCACGUCAAUGUGUUUUGACUUCUAAUCUUCUUGGCUGCUGAAGGAAACAAAGGGGGAAAAAGUGGAGGAAAUAUGUCGUGGGGGGGGGGGGCUAUUUUAAUAUGAGAGGUUCCUUGUUUACUAAUUCUAUUACAGCCAGAUUUGGGGGACAUAAUUGUUGCAUUUUUACUUGGCUGCUAGUUAUUGUUCUCGUGAAUGUAUAAAUAUUAUCAAAGACACUUGUAGACAUUGAAAAGUACAGUGUCUUUAACAGACAACCUUUUACUGUUAUUAGUCCAAUCAAGUUAUUUAUUGUUAUUAUUAAGGCAAUAGUGGUGUAAAUGCUGGGAUAUAAAAUACAAUCAUUUACUGUCAUUUCCUUGGCAUGCCAUAAUUAGGUGUUCGUUUUCAGAAACGUCAUUGGGUAUAACACAAACAGGGCUGAGUUUCUGAUUAAUGAAAUCAAUAGCCAAGCCAACACCAGUAGUGAGUAGUUUAUGACAUACAGCGCAUUCGGAAAGUAUUCAGACUUUUACACAUUUGUUACGUUUCAGCCUUAUUCUAAAAUUGAUUAAAAAAAGAAAAUAAAUCCUCAUCAAUCUACACACAAUACCCCAUAAUGACAAAGCGAAAACAGGUUUUUAGACAUUUUUGCAAAUGUAUUAAAAAUGAAAAACAGAUACCUUAUUUACCUAAGUAUUCAGACCCUUUGCUAUGAGACUCGAAAUUGAGCUCAGGUGCAUCCUGUUUCCAUUGAACAUCCUUGAGAUGUUUCUACAACUUCAUUGGAGUCCACCUGUGGCAAAUUAAAUUGAUUGGCCAUGAUUUGGAAAGGCACACACCUGUCUAUAAGGUCCCACAGUUGACAGUGCAUGUCAGAGCAAAAACCAAGCCAUGAGGUUGAAGGAAUUGUCCGUAGAGCUCCGAGACAGGAUUGUGUCGAGGCACAGAUCUGGGGACGGGUACCAGAAAAUGUCUGCAGCAUUGAAGGUCCCCAUCGCUGCAGCACUCCACAAAUCAGGCCUUUAUGGUAGAGUGGCCAGACGGAAGCCAAUCCUCAGUAAAAUGCACAUGACAGCCCGCUUGGAGUUUGCCAAAAGGCACCUAAAGGACUCUCAGACCAUGAGAAACAAGAUUCUCUGGUCUGAUCAAACCAAGAUUGAACUCUUUGGCCUGAAUGCCAAGCGUCACGUCUGGAGGAAACCUUGCACCAUCCCUACGGUGAAGCAUGGUGGUGGCAGAAUCAUGCUGUGGGGAUCUUUUUCAGCGGCAGGGACUGGGAGUCUAGUCAGGAUCGAGGGAAAGAUGAAUGGAGCAAAGUACAGAGAGAUCCUUGAUGAAAACCUGCUCCAGAGCACUCAGGACCUCAGACUGGGGAGAAGGUUCACCUUCCAACAGGACAACGACCCUAAGCACACAGCCAAGACAAUGCAGGAGUGGCUUCGGGACAAGUCUCUGAAUGUCCUUGAGUGGCCCAGCCAGAGACCGGACUUGAACACGAUCGAACAUCUCUGGAAAGACCUGAAAAUAGCUGUGCAGCGACAUUCCCCAUCCAACCUGACAGAGAUUGAGAGGAUCUGCAUAGAAGAAUGGGAGAAACUCCCCAAAUACAGGUGUGCCAAGCUUGUAGUGUCAUACCCAAGAAGACUCAAGGCUGUAAUCUCUUCCAAAGGUGCUUCAACAAAGUACUGAGUAAAGGGUCUGAAUAGUUAUGUAAAUGUGAUAUUUCAGUUUUUUUGAUUGUUUAUACAUUUGACUUUUUUUGGAAAAACCUGUUUUUGCUUUGUCAUUAUGGGGUAUUGUGUGUCGAUUGAUGAGGGGAAAAAGCUAUUUAAUCAAUUUUAGAAUAUGGCUGUAACGUAACAACAUUUGGGAAAAGUCAAGGGAUCUGAAUACUUUCCGAAGGCACUGUAUGUAGCUGGAGAACAUUUCUAGCAAUUGACCCUUCGCUAAGCCCCGCCCCCCUUGAUUACUGUUGCAACCUCGGACAACAUUUUCACGGGAAGCCCAAUUCCCCUUUCAAUCACUGGCGAAAUCCCCUCGCAAUGAUCUCAAACUGUGUUUCUAAUACACAAUGAAAUUAAACUAAUCAGGAAACUCUUGGGUAUGUUGCGGUGGACUGUCAUUACAAUUGGUUCACAGGAACCUGGUAAAAUUGUUUUACUGAAUUCAGAGACACUGAAUGGCUCUGGAUUCACUGUCAGCAUGCAUUCAAAGAUAUAAUAACCACUUUUAGAGCUAACUAGUGUUCUCAAAUCGUAUCCUGAUGUUGACAGCAGAUGGGAGUUGUAUUCUUGAAAUUGCUAACUUAGCUAGCUAACAUACAUUUCGAGAAAACAAGUUCUAUUAAGUAGCUAGCUAGCGUUAGCAACAUUUGGUGGUCAAUGAGACUGAGAGCUAGCUAACCAGCUGAGCUAGCAAACAAUGUAACAAAAGUUUAGGCUCUGAAUUUCAGGAAUCACAGUAGCAAGUACUCCUGGUACACUGUUCAAUUUAGCCAUUAAAAUAAUUUAUUGCCAUAGCCCUCACUGGGUUUCAUGCAAUUGAAAUGUGAGCUUGUCCGAGGUGUCAGACUCGACAACAGUUGCUAUCCUCUGUGAUUGGUUGCCCAAAAGUUUGGGGCGGGGCUUAGCGAAGGGUCAAUUGUCCUUAGUUAAACAGCUUACAUUUUUGGAACUUAGCAGAAAAUGCAUGACACAUUCAAGGCUCUCCAGAUAUGGUACAUUUUGUUCAAUUUAAACAUGGGUAUCAAAUGUGUACGGGUCUUAUUCUGAAUGCAAACUUCAUAUUUCUGCAACCUGUCAGAUGGGGUGUUUUCCUUCCUUGUGCAGUUGUAUAAAAUCAAUACUUUCUGGUUUACUCAUUUAAUAUACUUUACAUUACUAUCACCAUCUGCUAUAAUUGUGUUCACAGAGCAACUUGUAACUCAGUUCAGUGAAUGGGGAUGUUUUUACUCACCAAUCUCCCACCUCUCAUCUUCUCUGAACUACACCCCAGUAUCCUGUGGCUCGCUCUCUGCAGGGCCUCUGGUCUACCAGAGCUCACCACAUGCCAACUGCUGUUUGUGCUUUGAAUAUAUACACUGGCCGUGGAGAAACACCAUUUAUUAGUCAUCCGCAGUCUGCUUUUGAACAAACCUUGCUUGCCAUUAAGGGAAACCGAUUGCACCAAGCCAACUGGAAAUGUCAUUCCCUAAGACCCGAUCACUCUCCUUCCAUCCUCCUUUUUAAACUGCAACUGGAAAUGCCCUCCAAUUGCUGGUUGUGUUGUGAGAUUAGUUACCAGUAGUUCGCACACCUUUAUUUUUUAUUCUGUACAAUUUAACCGCAAAAGUAAUUUUUACGUUCACUACCUCCUCAUGCACAGCCUUUUCUCUGGUGGGAAAAUAUGCAUAUUGUUUUUAUGCGGAUUUUAGAAUAUUUGUAUGUCGCCAAUUGGAUGGAAACCUUGCCGUUUUUUGCAACAGCCAUGUAAGUCACUUUGACGUACUACCCUUUCCAUCUUAGAAACUCUUUGUGGGGAGGGUACAAAAGUCCUCAGGAAUUUAACUUCAGGUUUAUAAAGGACAGAACCCAACUGCAUGCAUUAUCAAAUUAGAGAACCAUUAAGCAAAAAUGUAAUUUUAUCAAGGUCUAGUUGGUUUUGUGCAAUGUUUCGCUUUAACCAAAGAGAACACUUACAUCGACCUGGAAGACCGAAAGUUUGCACUCAAACACAAGUGCAAAGGCUGUUUGUUUUGGCAUGAAUAGACAGCCCUAUUAAAUUCCUCAUUCUGUUGAAUUCUUACAGCUUUCGUCUUGCACUUGCUGUGUGCCCGCUCCCACUCUGCAGGCUACCUGUUUUGACACACAGCGUCACUCACAGACUUGUGUUUUAAAUUGAAAGAUUUAUUCUUAAUAUUUUACUGGGCACUCUCAUUUGUAGACGAGGUUUGUUUAGAUGUUACCGGUUGCCAGAGAGGAUCUGCUGUUGCUUGUUGACAGGAUUUAGAUAUUGGUAAAGACAACUUCGCCAACCACCCAUUAAACUGACAGAGACAAAAGAUUAACAUUGAUGACAAUCAUGUGGGCAGAGUAGUAAUGGUCUUUGAGGGAGCUAGAUCAGUAUUCAUCUGAAGCAGUCUGUUUGACAUCAACACUUUAUGGCAGGGCAUUGGAUUUGUCUUUGAGUUAAAAAAGUAAGGAAAGCUUUUUAUCCCCCGCCUCCCUGAUUGUGUUGGUGUCUGUCUGUUUCUGUCUAUUUGUUAGUGUUUUUGCUUGUGUCAUUCUGCAUUUUGUUUGAGUAUGUGUGUCUAGGUGUCUGUGUCUAGGUGUCUGUGUCUAGGUGUCUGUGUCUAGGUGUCUGUGUCUAGGUGUCGGUGUUUUCGUCUGGCCUCGUCACCAGAAAAUUGAAUCACUGUGACUCACCUCUCUGGAUUUUCUCCAUCCCAGGCUGUAAAAUAUGUCCUGUUACACUUUUCCCCAUUUUCCUCUUAAUUUCCUAUACAAGGAACCCAAUCACGUCCAAGCUGCCCAACUCCAUCCACUGUUUAUAAUUAACUUUAUCCUGGGCUGUCGGGAUCCAAAUCUCAUUACAGGAAACUGGGCCCUGUCCAGGUCCCACUGAUAGCACCACCCAACCCAGCCAUAACGAGAGGACUGAGUCCAAGUCUGGGAUUUGCUGUUAGGUUGAGGUGUAUGAGCCAUGGUAUUGGAUCAUCGUUGUUAAAGACAUAACUGUGAGUCAAGCCCAAUUUUAGGCACAGACAAAUAUCUCCUCUCAGAUAGAAGGCAGAAUGUGAGUUGUUGCUCUGCAUGACGGCCCGCUGAUAAAAUGAGACUGAGAAUGAGACAAUAACAAUUGGAUAGCAUCCAGCAGUGGCUCAUUUGGCAUGGCUGUGAGAGUUGUUUACUGUUUAUACCUUGUCUUCCUGGAUGCCCUCAGCCAGUGUUCAUUGAGUACCUAACAACCCGUACAACGCCGAUUGAGACAAAACACAGAGAACUAAACCAGAUAUCGGGGUUGGACACUGUCAAUCAAUGGGCUUUUAGACCUGCUGCACUCACAUCUCAAUCAGUACAUUACAAUUUGCUCUUGACUUGCUCUACCAACUUUGCAGUUUAAAUCUGUAAUUUUGGGUAUGACUGUCUAGUUGAUGCUGGAUGUCUCUCCUCUCUUCCAGACUAUAGUGGAUUACUUUGAGGAGAAGAGCUGUCCUGUGACGGAGCGUCUGAAACUCUUCUACUGCUGCCAGGCUCCUCCCAGAUGGGCCGUCCAGGUAACACCCUCUCAUUACCCCGUCACUGCUGAUUGGGUUUCUGAUUAAUGAAUUGGUUUCGCUCCAUUGUGAUUGUGAACUUCAUUUUAAGGGCCGACUCACUGUAACUGAAGUACCACACAGAGCAAUGUCUUCCAUCAAAGCUUUGACUUAUGACUUGACCCAUUGGAAGUCAUGGUCAUGAUUAAACAAUUAUUUACAUCAGGGUUAUAUGAGCGAACACUAAUUCAGGAGAAAAGGAUGGGACCCAUCCACUUGGCCGACUCUCUUUGAACUCCCAUACCUUUGACGGUAGUCCUAGAAUUGAACAAGGAUGCUGCCCUUGCUCCAGCGUUGUGACUGUGUCCUCUAGACCUCCUGCCCGAGGUCCACUAACGCAUUGUCCCCAGAGGAGUCUCAUCUAUCACCACAGGUCUGGUCAUAUGUGAUUAUCUAGUGCGUCAGAGCCCUGAUCUAAUCUGGACUCUUGGCAUUCAGACAAUAUAUCUGUCAGGCUGAAGCUCCCUGUUAGCGCCAGCUGCUUUCAAGCCAAAGGCCACCUAAUGGCCUCUUCCACUGCAGGAUGGCCACUAAAACAGUACGUCUUUGUCCUCCAUCAACUACCAGACAGUUAGUGCCCCUCAGGUUAGAAGCUGCAUCAACCUGGUAGUCUUUAUAUGGUGUUACAUGUAAGACUUGUCUGUUUUUUCUCUGUCUGUGUAUAUAUUCCUGGGAGAUGAAGAGUGAGUGAUUAGCCUUUUUGUUAUUCUGUAUUUGUAGCAAGCAGAAAUAUGGUUUGUCGACCAUGGAUGUGUUUAUUUGUGGUGUUGUAGCACCUGUCUUGGCACAGUCAGUUUCUCCUUCCUUGUAUCAGCUAAGGCGUUUGAGCGGUCUAAUUUGCUCACAUUUUCAGCUGGUGGGAAAUGUUUCCUUGGCUUUUAAUUAACUCUUUGCUGUUGUCCAAAACCACUGCUUCUCAAUAAAAUCAGUCAAUACAAUUGAUGUUCACAUAGGUAGAGUGUGAGGCCCACACACAGACAGGCACAGGCCUGGUCAACAGAUGAGGGAGAAGAGCGGAGAUGGUGAGAUAGCAAGGUAGAAGUAGGGAGAAAGGGAGGGAGGAGGAGAUAUGGCAAAGAAGAGGUAGAGAGAUUGAGAGGGAGGGGGUGUAAAAGACAGGGAAAGAGAGAAAUCAGUGGGCUCCAUGUAAUAACGGCGAACAGCAAUAAAGCUGGAAUUGAAGGCACCCUAUUGCUGCCUGGGGAAUUGAAAGUGCAAGCAAGGCAGAGAAUUGUGUGGGUUGUGGUGAUGCAUUUUCUCAUCAGUGAGAGGUGUGACCGGCAUGUAACGAUGGCCGUGCCUGCGCUCAGAGAAGCUGUGUGGGGAGAGGAGGGACAGGAAGAUGGGUUGAAAUAGCAUAUGUUGUAAGAUGUGCUUACAGAAUGAAUAAAUCCCCAUAUAAUUAAACAAUGUAUUGUCUGUCUCAGCCCUUCCUGUUUUCAGGGAGAUUCUGAAACCACAAUGUCAGGAGUUUUCCUGGAAAUGGGGAAAGAGGCACAAAUGGCAUGUGCGCUGCCGUAUGUCCUAUUAGUGUAAAUGUCUGCCGUUUUGCCAUUGAUGUCACGUCCUGGCUCCCCAUGUCUCCCUGGGGGGGGGGGGGGGGGGGGGGUUUAUGGGGUCCAUCAUCCCAGUGGGACGUGAUAUGUCGCCCCUGAGACAGGAUGGGUGGCGAUCACAGGAGAGGACAAGAGGUGAUAAAAACCAGAAACCUAGACUCCAGGUUCGGCUCCCACUCUUUAAGUGGACCGACAGACAGGUUACGACCUAUGUUGCCUUGUGUGAAGAUGACAAGAUAAUGAAAAUAGAUGUGAGGUCAUAAUGGUGGAGAUGGAAAGAUAAAAUAUGAAGAUACUACCCUGGGUGAAAUUACUACCCUGGGUGAAGACACUAGCCUGGGUGAAGACACUAGCCUGGGUGAAGACACUAGCCUGGGUGAAGACACUAGCCUGGGUGAAGACACUAGCCUGGGUGAAGACACUAGCCUGGGUGAAGACACUAGCCUGGGUGAAGACACUAGCCUGGGUGAAGACACUAGCCUGGGUGAAGACACUAGCCUGGGUGAAGACACUAGCCUGGGUGAAGACACUAGCCUGGGUGAAGACACUAGCCUGGGUGAAGACACUAGCCUGGGUGAAGACACUAGCCUGGGUGAAGACACUACCCUGGGUGAAGACACUAGCCUGGGUGAAGACACUAGCCUGGGUGAAGACACUAGCCUGGGUGAAGACACUAGCCUGGGUGAAGACACUAGCCUGGGUGAAGACACUAGCCUGGGUGAAGACACUAGCCUGGGUGAAGACACUAGCCUGGGUGAAGACACUAGCCUGGGUGAAGACACUAGCCUGGGUGAAGACACUAGCCUGGGUGAAGACACUAGCCUGGGUGAAGACACUAGCCUGGGUGAAGACACUAGCCUGGGUGAAGACACUAGCCUGGGUGAAGACACUAGCCUGCAUAUGGCACCACAGCUUGGAAUGAAUACAACUGGUGAUGGCUGCAGCCUAAAUACUGCUAAACGGCAGUACAUAUUUUCAUUCUUGAACAUGCCAACCACCUGAAUACAGCAGCCAGGGAAGACAAAACUCUCCCAAGCAUCCUGUGACAGAAAAAUGACUUUUAUUGCUAUGAAUGUGAUAAGGGUCAUUACCACCAGAGACUGAGCUGUGAUGGUUCAUGGAGUGUAUGCAUAUGCAGUGUUUCCCCUAGGAUUUUUUUCAGCAGCGGUGGCAGAGCUAGGAGGGGGUCUUCUUGCGGGGGGCUGUGGAUGGGGUCUUCCUGGGGCAUACAUCUGUACAUCAACAUUAUAUAUUUUUUAAAUAAAAAACGAGUUGUGCUAUCCCAUGUCUGAAACUCUCUCACAUUUACAGAAGCAGCUGGCCAGCCUGCUGACAGACCUGGGCUGCACGAGCUCAGCCCUGCUAAUCUAUGAGAAACUGGAGCUGUGGGAGGAUGCUGUCAUCUGCCUGGAGAGGAUGGGCCAGCAUGGCAAGGUACAACACAGCCAUUACAACCACCAGAAAAACUGACUGCCCUUCUCAGGGACAAUUCAAUACCCAUUGCUUUACACAACAGACAAGGUUAUUCUUCAUACUAAACAUGGGCACCACACUGGAAGAACAGUGAAUAUCGGCACUCUGUCCAUUCAUCCUGUUACCUAGCUAUCUCGCUGUGCUCCCUACUCCCUCCAUCUCUCCAUCCGUCUGUCUAUCCGUCUGUCUGUCUGUCUGUGGUGUGCACCUGUUUAUGCACUCGUUUGUGUUCUCUGGCGUUCCAGCUGUCAGACUCAUCAUUCCCAGGGAGAUCUGGCACUGUUUCCCUGGCGUUAUUAUUAACCUGUCUGGCCCCCAGGGCCCCCCUGGGAAACACACUCCCAGAUAGACAGAAAUAUAGCAUGUUUGGGUUGGAUCACGCUCUUACAGAUCCCCCCAUCCCUCAGUCAAUGUCCUCUUGGUGGCGCUGAUUGAAUGUUCACUUUGGUCUCUUAAUGGUGGAACAACAGGAGUUGGAAGUACAGGUCACAGGGGUAGCCAACAGCAACCAAUGGCAUUGGUUUUAGAGUCUGAUUCCCACAGUGCGGCAGAGAAUAAAGAAUCAAAGAUUUGGACGUAUGGCAGCUGUUUGUUUUUGUUGGUCCUCCUUUUUGAUAGCGGAUCGUUUUCCUCUUUUUUUGGGCGGAAAAGUUUCAAAUGUUUACACAGGUGUUUUUUUCUCGCCCGACCUACAAGUGCUCUCGGUCAGAAUUGACUGAGGUAAUGAAGCAGCGAAAAAAGGAAGAGCCAGUGGUAAGGCAACCUCCUCUCUCGCUCUCUUGCACCUGUCAGACGAUGUUCUGUCAAGUCCUAACAGAAUUGUGGAGUGCCACACCAGGCCAAGUAGAGAACCCUGUAACACCGUCCGCCAUCUUGCUGUGGUUCUGAAAGUCAUUGAUGAAACUGGUGCCAGAUUUGUCACAACCGCUCUGAGGAUGUUCUCCCAAACCGUUACGCAAUGGACAUCUGGUUCAUUCUUGGUCAGAUUUUUCUGUCCAUUUCUCACCCCUUGUCCUUUCAGUCAUCAACCUUUUUAAGUGACAUCUCUGCAUGAUUCACAGGGUUCUCAUAAAUUCUCUGUAGCAUCACCACAUCCAUCUCUCUGGAUCAACAAAGCUUGGCUGGGACAGAUUGAGCAGAAAUGAGUAUUCCACAAGCAUGCACACACACACACACACACACACACACACACACACACACACACACCAUACUCCCUCCAGGUGGGCAGGGCUGACCCGCAUUCAGUCCCAACCCUGAAUGCAAGGCCUGCGGGCCUUUGUGCUCUGUUAUUGACUUACAGCUUGUUUUGUCUUCCAAUCUGAUUACAGAGGUGCAUUCUGGUCAAUAAAAUACGUCCUUCAUUCUAAAACCAUGCGCUUUGGCCCAAGCCAGCGCGCCAUGUAACAUGAUAAAAAAUGCUAGGCAAUCCAUUUGUCUGGAGAAGACUUGGGUGGAUUUCUGCCGGUAGUCUCUUUGUACUAAACGUGCUGUUCCUGCUCUCAGUGUCUGAAUGCAUGCUUAAUGUGAAUGAGCCAUACCUGGCCGCACCCUGAGAAAAAGAAAGAAGCUCAAAUAGAGAAACAGAGGAAAGCGGAGAGGGGAUGGGAGCUUUGAUAGCUUCUGCCAGUCUUGAGUACAUAAUAUAGGUUUAUCCACUAGAGUUUUGAAGGUAAUUGUCGUAUUACACCAGCCUUAUGGAUGAGCCAUCCGUGUAAACCUUUCAGCAAAUAAACAAGACGAAAUAUUGAACAAAACUGUUAUGGUAUAACCCAGUCCAAAAUAUCAGCUUUUGAAAUAAAUGUAUGUUAUUGGCAAAUGUUUAAAGUACCUCUGUUGCACAAAUGGGGCAGUAAAUCGCAUAUGAAUAUCCCGGUACAUGUAAUUCAGCCAGAGAACCAAUUCAGAGAGUAUAUAUUCUCGCAUUCACAACACAUGAAUGUUGUUCAGUUUUUAAAAAUAUUCCAAGCCUGAUUGGAUUCCUUUCGAUGUGCAACUGCACCGUGGUAAAUGACUCUCCCCUCACAAAAAUGGGUCAUGGCUCCCAUAGUAAGACAGUGCCUAUUUACACAAGCAACAGAUCUAGCCAAAGGGUGAUUCCACUCUACCCUUAAGCAAGGGUCAGUGAGUUCAGAGAACUCUGUAUGUGAUUUUCCCAACACAAUAAGGGUCUCUCCCUCUACCUCUCCUCCCGCUCUCACUCUCUCUCUUUAUGGAGGAGCACACUGGGGGUUCGAAAUGGUGGCCAUGCUCUGAGGUUAUUCACAAUCACCCUUUUCCAUUUCCCCAGAAGGUCUACUGAAGUACUACUUUAGAUUCAAGUCAUUCUCCAGUGAGAAGCACAUAGUCUCAGUCUGUCUUAUUGCCUGGAGAGAGCAUGUCAAGGCGCAAUAUCAUAAGAGAGAUUUCUCAUCAGUUAAUUAGUUGCCAGCAGUUGGCUGUAGGGGUGUCCUAUUGAUCUUGUGAAUAUAAACUCCCUAACAUGCAUUUUUUAUGGUAAUAAAUAUUUCCAUUCUUUCUGGGAAACAGUCUUUCCUGGGUGUGCAGCACCCUUCCAAAUAACUGAAUGGCGGCAACUACAGGAUUAAAUGCAAUACGUAUAACUGUAAAACUGACUUGUUGAAACAAAAUACUUGUUGAAGGCCAGGACUUGGAAGGGAUCAGGAUCCAGCAGCAGCGGUUGGUGUGUGGUCUGGAAAAGGCCAUGGAAGCCCAGUUCUUUGUUUUGAUCAGCAGCACUAGUGUGCUGAUGUGAUGGCAAUUUGUAACCCUGAAGGACGAUAUUGAUAUUUGAAGGAAAAUCCAAUGGAAAUUGUUUUAUAAUGGGCUGUAAAUUGUUGGCCAGCUCCGUCAGUAGAGGAAAAAGGGUUUAAUUCUAAUGUGGAUGCACAUGUCCUCUAAGAUGAGUUUGUCUGUCGUUAAACUCUACUAUAGUAUGUGUGGUCAGGGUAAAUACAAAUAUGUGAAAUAUGAGUGAAAGAGAUCACCAACGUAAUCAGAAAACAGUCAUUAUGAUAUUUGUACUCUGUGGUUAAAUGAUUGGAAAAGAAAAGCUGAGAGAAAUGGACGACUUACUGAUAAUAUAUGUCAGUCUCCUGUAAUUUCCUGUCAUUGAUAGAGUUACUGAACUCCUCUCACUUUUCUGUGGUACUAUUCCCCUAUUCUCAACCCAAUCUGUUAUUUGCAAUAUUGCAGAGGUCCAUGCUCAUCUACUGUUCAAGCUGAUACGAAAAACACGUUUAGGUCAAAAAAUAAUUCACUUUGCCAGCCGUAUUGUUUUUACAUUGUAAUUCCAUGUGUUGGAGGUGAGUUCAGGGUCUUGUGGUGUGGUAGAGAGGGUUACGGUUACAAUGUGCUCCAUGGGGGCCGAGUGUGUGCCAGUGGAACUUGGCCCAGGUUCAGCCUUCAGAAUGGGAUCCAGUAAAGGAACACAAUGAAAACCCAGAGACUCUUGCGCCCAAAAACACUCAGGCUGUGGGUAGAUUUGCACCCUUCAACAUGAACCAAGCAACAUCUUAAAGUGAAGGGAAAGCCGAUCAUUAUUCUUCAAAUAAAAAAGUUUUUACAUUGUAUUUAGUCAGUUGGCAGCUGAGGGGGAGACAGGCAAGUGGGGCAACAGUAGGAAGGGUGGACACGGGGAUUGAACCCUGGUCUCCAUUGGGGAGCAGUAUGUGACUGGCCAUGAGCGUUACCGCUAGACAACGGGCUCUUCACAACCCGAUCAUUAUUCUACCCACAACUGUGUAGAAUAAUGAGGGAAUACAGUACUCAAAUCAGCUCUUUUGAGAGGUUCAGUGUCUGUUGGCUUUUAUUCUGGCCAGGCUGGAGAACAUAAUGUAGUUGAGGCUACAGUAGAAGGACCCCCAGUUUCAACAUCUUGAUUGAGCUUCCUUCCCCAGUGAGUGGAUUGUUGCAAUCCCAGACCAAAUCAAAGCCUGAUUAUUGUUAGCAGGGAAUUGUAAAUGUCUUGGCUCUGAGGGUCGUCAAGAACAAAUGCCUGUUGAAAGACAUUUUGACUAACCAUCUCCUUCUCUGUCCCCCUCUUAUCUCACCUUUCUUCCCCUUUCCCUCAUUACCAAUUCUUACUUUCUCUUCCUGUAUUCUUGUGCUUCCUUCUCUCCCUCCCUCAGGCGGAGGAGAUCCUGCGUAGGGAGCUGGAGAAGAAGGAGACCCCCAGUCUGUACUGCCUGCUGGGGGACGUGCUGCGGGACCACCAAUACUACGACCAGGCCUGGGAGCUGUCCAACCAUCGCAGCGCCCGCGCCAUGCGCUCCAAGGCUCUGCUGCACCUCCGGGCCAAGGACUUCCAGCAGUGUGUGGAGUGCUUCGAGAAGUCACUCCGCAUCAACACCAUGCAGGUAAACUAACCUCUGAAAUGGCUAGCUAUAGGUAGGAUAUUGAAAAAAGUAUUCUUGUCAUCUCAGGGCUAGAGGGUAGAACUCACAGGGUGAAACUUAACUACCUGACCUGUAGGUAACCUCCCUACAAGUGAUAUGACAGCUUUUGUAUUUAUUUUUAUGAAUAGAUUAAUUAAAUAAUUCAACAACUUUAAAGAGUAGGUUGGCAUCGUGCACAAUAGAGCUGGAAUGAAUCUGCGCCUUUUCCCCCACCUACCCACACUUUCCCAUUUCCCUGAGGAAGUAGUGUCGGGACAGUGGUGUCUGGGACCUGUCCUGUUGGCUCCCAGCACACAGAGGGCAGCCAGCUCACCCUAUAACCACACCUCUAGAUAGAGGAGAGGAAGAGUGGAGGAGAUGUGAGGGUAAAGAGGAGAAAUAAGGAGUCUGUUUCACCCAGGCCCCAUGGGAACAGAGGAAAGGGAAAUUAUUUCCUGUUUUCCUUCACUCUUCUGCCCUUUGUCCUUAUUUAAUUCAGCAGGUCAGCAACCAAUAGGAUAUUUUAAUUUAGCUUGUUUUGCCAUAAUGACCUUCACCCUCCAUUUUUCAAGGGGUUGUUGAAGUAUUGCCAAGGAGAUAUGAGGGCUCUUGUAAACGAUCGCUCUGGCCCCUACAUCUUUGGAGAAUGAAGAUAAACAGAAUAGAGGGGAAUAUACCUCUGUUUCCCACCUCCCAAUGAGAUGUUGUAGUGUGCUGUGGUGAGUGGGGAAAGACACUCGAUUGUGGCUCAGAUCUCAGAUCUGGGAGGAAAGAGAGAGUGAGAGGGAGGGAGAGAAAAAUAAAGUGGAGAGAGAAAGGGAAAUGGAGGGGGAAGAGGGAGAGAGUCCGGGGGACUGACGCCACAGCUGAUUUGCGUAGACGGGGCCUGCCUGUCAGUCACAGAGUGGGGCCUCCCGCAGCCUGCCUGACAGGUGGGCUUUCCUCCAAAACAAACACAGGCACAGGAGGGCUGCAACAUGAGCCAACAUGGCGUUUGCAUUUCUUUUUUUCCGCUUCCUUUUUUUGCACACGUCUCCUGUGUGGCACCUGCCAGUGAGCGUGGCGGGAUGGUUUGAAAGCAGGGCUGAGAAAGUGGGGCAGGCUCAGCACAUUGUUUGUUUAUGCCGUGGAUCAAUGGGGUGAGUUAGCGUUUGCACUAAGAUAAUAUCGGAUUCUCACCUUGAAUAGAUAAGACUAUAAAAUGAUAUUCCACUCAACAUUUCACAGUUUAGGAUUCCUGAACUCACUGCUCAUGUUUGACUCGGUUUGUCUUGUUUCUGCAGCUUGGGGUGUGGUUCUCCCUAGGCUGUGCCUACUUUGCCCUGGAGGGCUAUGAGGGAGCUGCCAAGGCCUUCCAGAGGUGUGUGGGACUGGAGCCAGAUGUAAGUGCAUUACUACUCUACCUUCCUCCCAAUGUCAGGCGUCAUCGCAUAUAGGAGGGCAGAGUCAAUCACAUGAAUGCACAGUGGGACCAUCACAAUACCAUUCAUCUCUCAUUUUGUCACUCCCCCUUCUCUUUUUCCAUUACUCUCACAAAUACACAAACAUUCCAUAACAACCCCCCCCCCCCCCCCCCCCCCCCACACACACACACACACACACACACACACACUUAGACAAACGGAAAACACUCCCUGCCCAUAACCCGAGCUAUAACACGCUUGUCCUCCAGCAGUCUUUCCAAUUCAACUUAAUGACCCAUACGGCACCCGUGUGCCCACUGCAUUGAGAGGGAAUGUGCUCAUGUAACACUCAGCAAAACAGAUUUAGGCUCGGGGGGAGUCAGUCUUGUGCCACAGCUUCUAAACAACCCUGUGCUUACUUGUGUGUAAACUGUAAAUCUUUAUUUUUCCUUCUUCAGAACGCGGAAGCGUGGAACAACCUCUCCACAGCCUACAUCCGCCUGAGACAGAAGUGAGUACUGUAUAGUCGCUCCACCUGGACCAUUAACCUGUCAAUGAUUGAACAGAGUUAGGACUCUGGAAGAUGUACAAUUCAGUCAUACGUAUUCCAAUUGACAGGCUCAAUGUUUGAAGGUCCCUCAGUCUUUAUCGAGAGCCUCCUCUCCCCAGCUCACACACAAUUGACUGGACUGAGAUUAGCUUUAGGGUGAGGAAUUCUAUUAUUGAGCCAACUGGUUUUGGUGGCUCAGCUGAGCCUUGAGAAGACCCAUGUAUCUCAGACCCAUGUAUCUCAGACCCAUGUAUCUCAGACACAUGUAUCUCAGACCCAUGUAUCUCAGACCCAUGUAUCUCAGACCCAUGUAUUGGUCACUCACUCACCCGCCCUUCCAUCCACCCACCACCCUUGUGCCGGCUGACACAUAGGGCCACAACAAAGACAGAGGAAUCAGACUUUAAUGUUCUCUCUCAGCCCUGAUAUCCCUGAGGUUCUCCAGCCACUACCCCUAAUGAUGCAGGACCUGUCACUCUCACAGAGAGAGGGACUAACACUGCCAGCCAGGAGCCAUCCAUUCAGCCUGACAGUAUUGAUUUUUGGCUGGAGAGAGGUAUCAAAGAGUAGCACUGAUUUACACGCCAAUGAAACAGAUUGAUGUUACAAUGCUUUUUUCACCCCACUCCAACUCCUCUAGUCAUUGGUUUAGUCUCGUAACUGACCUCGAGGCUUUUCAAUUACAUCAAAAUCUCACUGGGCAGUCGUGAUGGGAAAGAUAACAUCUCAGCACCCUCCUGAUUUUACCACAGGACCUAGAUACAGCCCUGCUGACCCUGAUGCGGGCAUCAGCCAGAUUUGUUAGGCUUAAGUCAAUUAGUACAUUCCCACCACUGCAAGAUGGGCAGGUUCUCUUAUUUCCCCUAAAAACCACAAUAUCUUACUGGCAGAACUCUGUCUGGGAACCAGGAAGCUCCACGGUUUCUUUCUGGGGAAACUUUCCCCCUCAGCCCCUGAUCAAAUCAGCCCUGUGCUUUCAGGCCUGAAAUUAAAAAGCGGGGAGACUUCUACCUGUUUAGCGCCGCUGCUAAAUCAGCUGAAGUGGCUCUGUUAAAGAGCCUGGAGCCUGUGGUGUGUGUGAGUGCAGGUGGAUCAGAGAGAGAGUAUCAGGGCGGUUGUCACGGUGAACUGCUAACUUAUGUAGCCUGCGUCUCACUGAGGUGUCAGACACAGGGGGCAGGCAGCCAUGUCAGUCAGGCUUGGCUAUGCUCCACUUCUGGACAGCUGCUGAGGUUACAGAGAUGCAGGCACCUCACCUGAAAUAGUGACUCAUUACUGAACUAUAGAAAUUACAGGUAGGACCGACUCCUAACUUAAGUAACUCAAAUUUGCACAUUGACGGUAGUGCAUGACUUACUCCGAAGUCUGUGCGCAUCUCAACUUAGUAUUCAUCCCAUAAGACUUUGUAAGCUGCCCCUGAAAAGAUUGUGAGCACCAGCCAUGUAAAAAUACUUUCCAUGGCACCACUAAUUCCAGCGCCUGUCUGUCCCACUGUUUGUCAGGACGAAGGCUUUCCGCACCCUACAGGAGGCUCUGAAGUGUAACUACGAACACUGGCAGAUCUGGGAGAACUUCAUUGCUGUCUGCACCGACGUGGGAGAGUUCGCAGAGGCCAUCAAGGCCUACCACCGCCUUAUGGACCUGAGAGACAAAUUCAAGGAUGUGCAGGUAAUGAUAGUGCCCACAGGCGCAGAUCUAGGAUCAGUUUACCAUAUCCUGAAAUCACAACCAUAGCCAUUUAGGGGAAACUGACCUUAGGUUAGUGUCAAGGGGCAACUUCAUCCUACUUGGUUUAGAACAGAACUAUAUAUUCCCUUGUUUACAGGAUUAUUUCUAAAAUGGAAAUGUGCUGUGCUACAGUAACCCAGCUAACUUUCCACCCACACUGGUUCCUGUCGCAGAUAAGUCCCAUGUCAUAGCUUGUUCACAUCUAGGAGCAGUACGUGUAAAGCAACCUGGGAUUUGAACACGCCAGGCCCCAUAUGCCACCAGGAGCGUGCCUUUAAUGGCACCAUACGCCUCUCAUCUCCUCGUUCCACAGCGCUGCCCCGCUAACAACCAGUCGUUAACAGCAGCCGCGUCUCCCUUAAGGAGCGGGAGGAGCCGGGGUGGGCUUUCUUAGCCGCGUCAUUUGGGAUUCAGGCUCCAUAUGUUUGAGCCCCCCCCCCCAUCACAGAACCAAGGGCCUUCCAGAGGGUGAACCCUUGGGAAUGAAGAAAUAUGCAAGAGGUUGCAGUCUGUUUGAGAAGAGCCCUCUGCCACCGCCACCUGCUACCACCUCUUUAAUACUGAAACCACUUGGGUCAGAGAGCUCGCUUAAAGGAUCACUCUGAGACCUGAACCUUCUGGACCUCCUUGACUACACACCACUUGACCACCAGUCUAUCAUUUUGCUGAGGCGUUCACGAUAUCUAAUGGAAUGUCAUGUGUCGAUAUUGCAAUGGGAUCCACGCCAAUAGUUAUACCCUGCCUGCUAGGCUUAUCAAACACUUUCAUUUGGUUUCAUUUGAAAAGAUCUACGUGAAAAAUCUGUGAAUCAUCGCUUGCUAAUUGGAAACCCACCAACGCUUACUAAAUAGAAAAUUAACUGUCGACUUUGAAUAAACGAGUCCAAACAUCGCUACUGAGCAGAACGGCAAUAUAAGUCCUCUGCCUCGGAAUACAUACGUUCUGUCUUCAGAGCAAUUAACUUUAAAGAAGAUGUUUCAGCACGGAUGUGAAUGCUCUAAAUUACAAACAGAACUUUAGAUCUCUGGAGGUUGGGGCUGGGUGCUCCUGGGGGUACAGUCAUAAUCCCCAGCCCUCGCCUCGUCCCGCGCCACCAGUGUAGCGCCACUUAACAUGCACAGCCCUGUUUGGAUCUGUUUCAUUGCCUUUUCUAAUUAGCUUGGCAAAGUCAGUGGGGGUUUGCUCAAAAUGUGUUAUUUUCCUUUCCUCCCUGCCCUCCCUCUCUCUUUUGCUCUUCUCUCGCUCAAUGGAUUCAUUUUUGCUUGGCAAGAUGCUAGCGCCUCAUCAAUUAGGAUUGGAGAUGUAAAAGCACACAAGUUGAAAAGGUCGCAACCAGCCACCCGCUGCUGUAAAAGAUAUGUCCCAGUAAUUGGGAUGUGGAUUCACAUUCUUUAACUCUGUUUUCCAACAGUCUUCCUUCUCUCUUUUUCUCCUUCUGCACUUUACUCUGUGUUGUGUAAGAAGGAUUGGUAAGUUCCUUAGGCCCCAUCUUAUUUGGCCUUUGAGCAUCAAAUUAAAAGAUGUUCCCAUCCGGUUUAUGAGUGCUUUAUGUGGUCGUCUGAUACACUAGCCUCUCCCCACUCACACAAUGUGCGUAGUUUGGUGGCACUAUUUUGGUUGCGACAUUGUGAAGUCCCCAUCCGUUUCUUCUACCUGCCCCUCCUCCCUCCUCCACCAAACGUAUCCUUGACGUAGUACUGUUUCAUUUAAAAGUGCUCGUAUUUGAAGAGAGUAGGCUAUAUUUGGCAUGCCUGACUCACGUCUUUUAAUUGUAUUUUGAAUUGUGUGACGAGGCGACAUUUAACGUCAUACCUUCUUAACCUACUUCAUCAAAUAUUUUCCUGGAAGUGCUUGUUUUGUCACCAACAUAUCUUAUAAUAAUAAUAAUAAUAUGCCAUUUAGCAGACGCUUUUAUCCAAAGCGACUUACAGUCAUGCGUGCAUACAUUUUUGUGUAUGGGUGGUCCCGGGGAUCGAACCCACUACCUUGGCGUUACAAGCGCCGUGCUCUACCAGCUGAGCUACAGAGGACCACCUUCCGUUCCCCUCCUUCACUCGUUCUGACCUUAUAUUUUGUGUUUAUUUUCUUCUGUCUUGUUUGCUUCCUGAGACUGUUUUUUGUUUAUACAGUACUGCAUGGCUGAGGGGGAGAGAGUACUUUACAACUGUACUCCUUAUGGGCCAUGAUGCAUUCCUCUUCUAUGGAAUGUAGAGGGGAAGCAACUAGAGUGGCCUGAGUGACUUAUGAGGACCUCUGUCACAUGCCCUCUAUAUUCUCUGUAUCCAAUGGGUCCUAGUGAUGAAUUAUGGGUUAAGUUGAACACACACACAUUCCUUUGAGACAGAAAAUAAAAUAGGUUUUUUCUUUCCCCUGUUAAAAAUAAAGAAGGUCUCAUUCAAAAUGGAUCAAAUCUCACUUUACUGUGCUCUCGUUACUGUGGAUACAUCAAACCUUUACUGUUUUCCAUCUUGCUCUCUCUCCGUGGGAGGAUAUUACUUUUCCUCUUAAUUUCACACUAUAAGCGCAUACAGCAGGAAUCUGGGAGAGUGAUCCAUUAAAUUUCCCCUUUAACUUGAAUCAAAAAGUUCCAUGUAGUGAUUUAAUUUGUUACACAUUUUCAUCAUCAUCGACAGUCAUAUCAGAUGAAUCCUGUCUGAGACCUUCCAGGCUGAAAUUACCUUCAGAUGCUGAGGUGCCCCAGUGGCAGAAGAGAGCUAUCAAUCAACAUUAACACCCAUUUACCCAGCACCUCCCCUCCCCUGAUUUCCCUCCAACACACAGACUUCUACCAGCUACUGUACCAGUAUAACAGCUACCUGAUCGGUCAGACCAACCCCUUCUCAGAGCCAGUAGGCAGAGGGCCUCUGCUGUUACCCACGCAACCCCCAUCUCAAAUACACACUGAUAUUAUUAUUAAAUGUUUUAUCCGGUAUGGAGACACAGGAUCUCUCUCUGGACCACACACACAUACACCGGCACCUUAUCUGAAGGUCAGGAGAGGGGUGUGUGUGUGUGUGUAGCGAGAUACUUGCAGCACCGGUAUGGUAUGCAGAAUUACAUUUGUUCCAGCAACUGAGAACGUUUACAUUUUAAACAGAGAUGGAGGAGUGGUACACUUACAGUGUGAAAACUAGGAGCUCGCUAAAGAGCAUCUGAAGACAAGUCAUUUGUUACAUGUGAGUGGUGAGAAGGACUCCUGUGGAACUGCACUUGGGGGACUGUAAAAAAGGGUGCGGUAGAAAGAGUGAUGUAGUGAAAGAGGGAGAAGGGAGAGACGCUCCCGGAUUCCCUAGAGAGACGGCUGAUGUUUUAAAGGCUGAGACGACAGCCAGAUGUGAGGAUUCAUCCUCGCCUUACCAACUGUCCUACAGUAGACCACACGCACACAUUCUGGAACAGCCCUUACAGAAGUGCUCUUGUUUCAACAGGUCUCAUUUAUGAUCUUCUCUUACACAGAGACACUGAUAACAUUUUUUUUUCUUAAAAUGAAUUAACUUUACUGGAUUGUUUAGUACUGCAUUGCACUUUUAAUGGCCUUUUGUAGUCUCAUUCAAGAACAUUGCAUGGCUGCUGGGAGGCUAGGGAAUGCCAGUAUUCAGUGGAAAAGCCAGCUGGAAGGUUUAGACCCAGAUAUAGAUACAGAACAGUUGUCUGUGUAGCCUGGAUAUAAGGUGUUUGAUUGUCUGGUUUGGACCAGAUUUAUUGUGAAGGGGGCCUUUCCUCUCCCUCAUGCCUGUUGAAGUUCAAACCACUUAAAGCUUUCAGAUCUGCUUCCUCACAGAUUCUCUUCCUCCUCCACCGGCGGGGCACGCCACAGUCAACUGGAGACAAAUCAAUAAUCUAGUCGAGCUAGAGGCAGUGUGCCAGCCUGCCUGCAGCUGAACUUGCAGCCCAUUAACUAAGAGCUGGGUCAUUUGGUAACUCUGUGUCAAGACUCUUUGGAAUGAGGUCUUUAAACAGCGUCUUUAGACAUGCAGAUUUUCAAACACACAAUCAUACUACAAGAAAUGCAUUGGCUCCUCUGGUGAUUCAGUCACUGUGAAUGUGAAAUCCCUCCCUGUGAGUGGUUGUAUGGAUAUGUGCAGUAGGCUAGAGGUCUCAUUCACCUUUGGCUACAUUUUUACUGUGAACAAUCAAAAGUGGGAUAAAGUAAAAACCUUGGCUCAGCGAACACCUGGGUUUCAAGCUGUUCACUAACAGGCUUUCUGCUAGUGCCAUGACUUCAAAGGGAGCUGGCCUAGCUGACUUCUGGGAAACCAGGCCCCCCACACUCACCUUGGUACGCGCAUGGUAGACAUACACACAAACUCAAAGACUAGCAUGGGGAGACCCACUCACUCUCACACAGACGCGUGAGGAGAUGCACACAUCUUGCAGUUUACACCCUCAGACUACCCACACACAAACCCCUCCAAUCCAGACCACACAUUCCCACACACACACUGCCAUGGGGAGAUACACACACACUCCCCACAGACUACACAAACCCAGGGGAGACAUCUCCAACCCUUAGGUCCCACCUUUCAUCCGUUCGAGGUCUCUCUCUCCUUUCCCCUGCCUUUACUCAGCUUGCUCAGACUGGAGUGUUGGUAUUCGGAGCGGUGCAUGAGGGCUUCACAAAUAACAUUCCCCUGGACAGACAGGAUGAGGCCCGGAACGCUGCUGCACUUCCUGGCUUUUAGUGGAGCACAUGGACGGACCUUUUGAGAUUUUUCCCAUUGAUAUCAUAAUCUACUGUCUCUCCUGCUUGUUGCUUAUGGAACAUGUCUGUGUAUAUAUAGCUAGGACUAUGACAUGCCCGUGUGUGUGAGUGUUGUGUAUUGCGUUCUAACUUAAUUAUUUGUUUUCAAUGUGCUGAUGAUACCGUUUUAUUAUUCAUAUGGGAAAGUAUUUAAUUAAUGUAAACAAAGAGGGUGAGGUCAUGUUUUGAAAUCCAGCAUUGCUCUGCCCUCUAGGCUAUUUAUUCAAAGGCUUCUAAUUGUACUGCAUGAUGAGCGUGACUGUGCAUACAUUUCCAUUUUUUGUUACAAUAGAAAACAAGUCCCAUGAAUUCUUGGCAGUUUUAUUCCAUUCUAUAUUCCACUCUCAAUGCCAAGCAUAUUGCAUUUGAGCAGGGGGCAGUCACCAAACUAGAAACGGAGGAUGACACAGCUACGCGAUAUUGAGGCAACCCAACUGGUCUAUGUUGAGAGAGGACAUAUGUAAUUCAAGCCAGUGUGGUCAGGUUCACACACCAAACCACCCACCCGCUUUAGACAAGCAGUCACUACUCUUUCCGACUCCUCCCUCCCACUUCAAACCAGAGGAGCGCUGCGUUCACAUUCUCACUCUUCCCUGUUCUCUGUGUUCCAGAUUCUAGAGAUCCUGGUGCGAGCGGUGGUGGAGGACAUGACAGAUAACCAUGGCGACCAGGCCUCGUCUCUGCGGGCCAAGGUCCAGGAGCUCAUGGGGCGCGUCACGUCCCGUCACAGCACUGAUGCUGAGAUCUGGCGUCACUAUGCCCUGCUCUAUGGAGACGGCCACAGCACCAGGCCUGAGGACAACGAGAAAGUAAGUCCCCCUAACAUUCCUCUAACGUCCCCGUGACAUUUCACUGUGCAAACACCACACAUUAAAUAUACUGUAUGUGCUCGGAAGGGGAGGUGAAAAAGUAAUUAUUGUAAUGGCCUUGGAGCCUGUUAAUAAGCUAUUUAUAGGCUCAUUGAUAACUGGUAGGCGAUGGUAACUAAUGGUGAGUAAAUUGCACGUGGCCACACGGUGACAGAUGGCUCUGUGUAUUAAUGUCAUACGCAGUGGGCCGUUGAUAAAACUGUUCCUUAAUCAUGUCCUAAGCGUGACUUUUGAGUUAUGAUCCUUAGUCCUGGUAUGUAAUUUGUCUUUCCAAUGCAAUUUCCCCCCUCCCAUAGGCCAGUCACGCCACAGCGAUGAUUUCUGUUAAUUUUCUAUUCAUUAAGUGUGUUUACCUAGUGUGUUCAUUAUAACCCUGAUGGUGUGGCCAACAGCUUGGUAAGGGUUUAUGGCUUCAUGGGAAGUUAAUAUUUAAUUUAAAAUGGUAGCCCACAACAUUCUGUGUGUUGGGGGAUAAUUGUUUUUAAUGGAUUUUCUUGUGUGUGCUCGUGUCUAUUUGUGUGUGUCAGGCUUUGCAGUUCCUGUCCAAGGCCCAUCGCUGUGAGGUGCAGGCCAGCGGCUGGGAGAAAGACACUGGGACCUUCAAGGAGGUGAUAAGGAGAGCCAUAGAUCUGGCCAACGGUGAGUGUCGCACUCCCUGCCCCUACACACACACACCUCAUCCCACACCAGGGCCUAAAACUAACUUUUUUGUAUACCAGCCACUGUGGCAGGUAGAUGAAAAAAAUCUACCAGACACUCAGAUUCUUUACCAGCAAAUUAUUAUUUGCGCCAUAAUUACACAACACACAAAAAUAACAGAUGGGCAUGCUUAGUAAUGUUUCUAAAACAAUACAUGUAAUACUAGUAAGAAGUAAUGUGGUAUAUUGCUUGAUUUAAUUUGAUAUUCUGUGACCCGUGUAGCUCAGUUGGUUGAGCAUGGCAUUUGCAAAACACAAGGGUUGUGGGUUCGGUUCCCGCGGCGGAUUGGAUGAAAAGAGUAUGAAAGUGUAUGCACUCACUACUGUAAGUCGCUCUGGAUAAGAGCGUCUGCUAAAUGACUAAAACAUUUAUUUAAAAAAACAAAGUCUUCAGAGACUGCCCCUUUAAGGUUACCUUGGUAGCAGGGCCACGCCAAUCUUCACAUGCCUGUGAGAAUCUCACUAGUAGUAGAGGCCGACAAUGUUUCCAAAGACAAACUCUGUGAUAUCUCUUUUUGCUAGCAGUGGAAGAAAACUCUAACAUUGAAAAGCAACGUAGCUUGUGAACAAAACAUUGUAAAUAGCCAAGAAACACGAGGACAAAAUCUCACUUUAGUAGACUUUCGAGUGAAUUAGACCAACUUUUAUGCCUGUGUGCAUUGCUUCUAAAAACGAAUCUUUCAGCACUUCACUCACAGCCCCCUAGACAGGCAGUGUUGCCGCGCGAGGUGGGAUAGCUAUAACAUUAGGAUUCCAAUUGCUUUGCGCAUUACCAGAUAUGAAACAAAAUGGCAGAAAUACUUUGAAAACAGCUACUGCAGCAUUUAUUUUGCUAUAAAUCACGACUCGCACCUGUGGCCAUACUUUACUAUUUUUAUGAAAUGCUCACACUGUAGAGCCCUGAGUGUUACCAUGCAGCAACGUGUCUGGUGAAUUAGCCAUUCUUACCCAACAAUGCCAAAAUCUACCCGCAUUUGGCGGGUGUUCAUUUUAGGCCCUGUCCCACACACACACGAGCUUCUUCGACACACGAGCCACACGUGACCGCCGCAUGUUGGCGGAGACACGUGGAACACUCCAUCACGCUUAAUGUCACGUCUCCUACAGGCCUUUGCGUCAGGCCGCGCGGGGAGAAGACAUGAUGGAUGGUAUGAGAAGAGUAAACAAGCUGCUUACCCCACUGCCCUCCGCGAGACGCAAUCCUGAUCCAAACAAUUGCUCUGCGUGUUAGUGGCGAGGGGGAUGGAGUGGAGAUGGAGACAGCAGGCAAAGGAAGGAGAGUGUCCUAUAGGAGAGAACUCCAUUAAAGGUGUUAAUCUCGAGAAUCCCCAGGGUUUUCAUUACAGCUGGAUACUGUGUUGAAUUAAACAUUAGAGGGAGUCAGGGCGCCGGGGCAACACGGUAGGAAUAGCAAUGUGGAAGGACGCAGCCCUGCCUUCCCCAACACAUCUCUGGGGUUGAUGUUGUCGCUAGGGCUCAUCGUCACUCAGGUCACACACCUUGUCCCUCACACGCACGCACAUGCACACACACACACACCUUACACCACUUUGUAACCUCUAUGAUGGGCCUGGGCCUGGACACUGCAUCCACAGAGCUCGGAAGAGAGGGAUGAGAAAAAAGUAGUGUGAUGAGAACGACUAGGGAGGAGGUUAGAGCAGAAGAGGUCCUCAUCCAUAAAUCACGACGUUUUGACCUUUGGCGCUGUCGCGGCUGAAGGGGACCAGACAGGGAAAAGGUGUCGCGCAGAUAGAGAAGAGACCGGCGCUUAGUUUCUCUUCCUCAUGUGCGAGAGAAAGAUAAAAGGUGUCGGGUAAACACCAAGACAAAAGACUCUGCGACGCAGGGGAAAUAGCCCAUCAAUAUCCUCACUUGUCUCAGGAACAGAGCUUUGUUUAGGUAUGUUUCUCAAAGCAGCACAGAAUAACACCGGUUCUUCUGAGCUUUAGUCAUCACUUUCUGGGAGUCAUGAAUAGUGUUUGUGUGGAUGGUGUUUCAUCCUGCUGAAUGCAGAUUCACUGUGAAGCGUUCCAGAGGACAUUUUGAUUAUGUUAUCUCGGACAGUGAUCACAGGAGUGAUUAAACAGGCAUUGUGGAAAAAGGUCUCGUCUAAUUAUUAAUUUGCGAGCUGCCAGGCCACUCGCGGCGGGGUUUAGCGGUGAAGUGUCUUCGGCGUAACGAGAUGAGGCCCACUGAAGUGUCACUGACUGCAGGCCUGAGAAAUCUCCCUGAGGGAGGUGGAGCGCCCAUUAACCAGUCCCAGGAGAAAUGACUCAUCUCCUCCACCUCUCCACACGUGCAGUAUAACCCACAGUCCUGUGUCUAUAUGAGACCUGUUAAUCAUGCAUAGGUCAAUGGUGCCACAGUGUCUCACCAGGGCAGGUAGGGCCAUGGCCCCUGGACCCCGACCCAGAAACCCCUCAUCUCUCUCCUCCUGACCCUUCCAUGGUACCCCAUGUGUGAUGGGUGGUUGUCUCUCCUUCCAACAAUCACUCAUUUUAAUACACAUACCUAAGGUGCUCUGUCUCUUAAUCACACAUAUUUACGUGCUAAUAGGUAUUUUCUGUCUCUCUUUCUCACAUUUAUGGGUUCACAGUGACCCUCAGCUGUAGUAAAAAGAAGAGUAACCCCCAGGAGGCAUUGCAGAUGUUGUCCUCCACUCGUCUCAGCCUGAGAAGCCUGGCCACCAAAGCCAAGGUACAGUACAGUUGGCCUUCAUGCCACCACCCCACCACAUCAUACAGAUGUAUCGGACUGCUCACAUCAAGUCAUUACUGAGCUACUUCACCGACCUCACGUUGUUUUUUGCGAUAACGUUUAACCAAAUGUAGUAAUUUAAUUUCUUUACACCGUUUCUCCUCAGCAACUGCACACAGAUGUUGCUUCUGGGGAGAUCCAUGGCGACCUGAGUGAUGAAGUCAAAGAGAUAGAGCAGCUUAUCACGGAGCUGCAGGACCAAAGUGGCCAGCAGCGCAGCGAAUCAGCAUGA